AUGUUGCGAAUGAAGUUGCAUUUUUUCAUUUAUCUGGGUGGUAAGUAAAUAAUAAUAUACUUAAUUCUUAUAGUAGAUUGUAUUAUUUCUUGUUAAAAAUGUUAUCAUACAUUUUUGUAAAUGCUUAUUGUUUAAUAACUAUUUCAUAAAAAGUACCUAAAAUUAAAUAUUUAUAUUUUAUAUUAUAGAAGCGAACAUUUUUUUCCUUUUCACUUCACUUCAUCUAUCGAUUUUGUACACAUCAGAAAAAAAAAAUUUUUUUUUAUAUAAUAAUAAAGUACUAUAUACAAUAUUUUUAAUAUUUUAAUGUUACGUAAAUAGAUAUUUUAUUCACUUGUUGUUUUUACUUUGUUUAGGUAUAUCACCCAUUAUAGCAUUUUCGCCAACAUUAGCUAAACAAUUGGGUUAUUCACCAAAAGAAGUCGGUUUACUUUAUACAUACUUAUCUAUUUUAGCCUUUUUGGUUAAACCGAUUUUUGGGUUUAUCGUUGAUCAAUUUCCCGUUAAAAGGAUUGCAUUUCUAUCAUUUAUUAUGAUCAGUGGGGUAUCAGUAUUCGGUCUACAAUUUGUAGAGAAGUUACCAACAGAAGCUGUAUCAAUUUUAAGUUGCAGUGAUUCAACAACGAUAUUGAACGUUUGUUCAAAAACCGAGAGUUUGAGGUUAGCUACGUGUAAUGAACGUCUGUCUAAACGAUUAAACAACGUUUUCGAAUCUGUUACAUGCCAAGUACGUUAUUAAUUUAGUAAAAAUAUGUACAUACCUAUAAUUGCAUUGCAGUACAAAAUAAUCGCCGAGCUUGUUAUUGUACGAAAGAUUAUAUUUGAAAUUACAUUUUAAAUUUCUAAAAAUCAAGCAACGAAUUUAUUAUAUUUAAUUUAUACCUAAUAUAGGUUAUUUUAUUGUGACUCUUGUGAGCAAUGGACUUGCAUGCGUGUAACUGAUGCAUGCGAGUUCCAUCACCGACGAAAAAAAAAACAUAUAAAUUGAUAAGACUCUAUAUUGUUCUAUUAGUUAUCGUGCCAAGAAAAUGAACAGUUUUGGGAUGAGAUUUGCACAUUUUGGAAUAUCUCUGCAGAUUAUUGUAAAACUUCGAAUCGUACAAUUAAAAACAAAGAACUCGACUAUCUCAUUGUUUCUUUAUUUACAAACACGACAUAUCAGGUAAAAAUGUAUUAAAAUGUUUCGUUUAUAAGCCUUAAUUUUGUACGUAAUAUUAUUAUUAUAAUCUGGUGUAAGUUAAAAAACCAGUAAAAAAAAAAUAUGUUUUACUAGUUUAUCAUAUUAAAUAAAAUAGGUCCUAAAUUAUGAAAUUUUUAAGAAAACUGAACAUAUAUUUAAUUUAUUUUAUUAUAUUUAUGGAUGAACAUAAAUUUGUAUUAUCUUUGAUAAAUAAUAAGUAUGUGUAUCAAAUAUUUAUAACGAUUCCUUUUUAGUUAUUUGUAAAAAUAUAAUAAUUCUUAUUACGUCAUUAUCCACUUUUAGGGCCGUCAAGAGGACAUUGAUUUUAAAGUUAAAUCAGUAAACAUCAGGGAAAAACAAAUUGGGCUGCCUGUUUGUAACAUACCAUUGAGUACUAGAUGUAAGAUAAAUUGCUCUAAUGAUGUUAUCAUGAGAUUAGGAACUGUUACUGAGUAUAAUGAAAGUAUUUUUCGCUUAAGACAAUUUUGGGGAUAUUUUAUUAUUAUGAGUAUAUUUUGGAUUAGUCAAGCUGUCACUUGGAGUAUACAAGAUUCAAUAUGCCUUGAUCUUUUAGGUAGGUAAUUAAAUGUUACAUUUAUGAUACUAUACAGUAAAUUAGGAAGGCAUUUAAUAUAUACCUACAUGGUAUGUGUACAUGUGUAUAUAUACACAAGGUGAUCAGAAUUUCAUGUUAUAACAAUUUUCUCCUACUAAUAUAUAAAACGGAGACAAAUGUAUCUAAAGUAUCUAAAAUAAUUUGCAUACUCCAAUUUUAGGUUUAGGUAUGGGGAGAGUAGUGAACCACUUUGUACAUGUGUGGUGGCACGGUAUGACGCGACGUGCGGCAUUUGAAUAGUGUUCCAUUACUUUACCCCUACCAAACUAAAAACAAUUUACAUAUUAGCUAAAACCAUCUACAAUGGCCUAAUAAUCUACAUACAGGCUACAACCUCCAAUCGGCGACAAUAAUAAAAAAUAACAGGCAUUCAUAACAAUUCGUAUUUUUAAAUGAAUAAUAUACAUUGUAUAUUAAUAUGAGAAUUCAAAAAAAAAAAAUUGAAAUCAACUUGUUUAAAUAUAAAAUUAACUUAAGUUAACUAAAAGUUAAUUCUUUUGUAUUCUUUAAGUUAAAAAUUAAGUUAAUAUAGUUCAAAAAUAAUUAAUUUAGUAAGUUAAAAUGUUAAAUUAACUUAACUUUAAUGUAUUAACUAGUUAAUUCCCAGCCUUGUAUAUUACUAUUAGCUAUUAACUUUAAUAUGAAAGUAUACUUUUGAAAUCAUUACAUUAUAAUGUAGGUGACCGAGAAUGUUUCAUCUAAGAGUGAAAUUUCAGACGUUUUGAAAUUAUUAACAAACCUAAAAGUUAUAAUCUAAUGUACAUCUUUAGUUUGGAAUUAUAUGUUUUGGUAAGAUUAAAUUAAAUAAUAUGUGCAUGAUAUUUAUUUAACUUUAAACUGAUAUGGUUUGUAUUUUAUAGGUACAUGGAGGAUUUGACUUUGAAGUACCACGUUGACAAACACUCUUGGAUAAAAACCUUACAGGGAGCAGCCUUGUUUAUUCAAUGUCUCGGCGACGAAAUGCCGUUUUUUUUUUCCGGUUGGAUUAUAAUAGGUUAUUCGUAUUCUAUGUGCUUAUGGUUAUUUGGUUUUUAUGUCAGAUUUUAUUUAUGCUCGAUUAUAACCAAUCCCGUAUGGAUAUUGCCAAUUGACUUGAUUAACGGCAUUACGUUUGGUUUAUUUCACUACGUUAUGGUGGGAUAUGCGAAAAUUAUUGCUCCUCCAAACGCUGUUACUACGGUAGUAGGAUUUACAGGAUCACUAUUCAAAGGUGUCGGUAUGUAUAAUAUUUGUACGAUUACAUUAUUUGAUCCGAAUUUUUGAAUACUUUUAUAUUACCUUAGCAAAUAUAAUAGCAAUGUUAAAGUGUAUAUAUAAUGUACUAUGCUCUAGCUAAUCUCCCAUAGCUUUGCUUGUGACAAAAGAAAUGUCCGUGGACAUAAUACACUACUUUUACUACGUGAAAACUAAAUUAAAUAAUAAUAACAGUAAUUUAAUCCAUGCCACCAACCCUAAAAUAAAUAAAACAAAUUAAAUUUUCCAAUAGUUAUAGGAUCAAAAAUUAAAUGUCAAACACUCUUUAGAGGUUAAAUUUCCAAACAAAUUGUCUCCUUUGUUAGGUUUAUGUAGAACUUCUGUACAAAAUUUAAAUUUUCUAGGUUCCAGUUAUAACGUUUGAGUUGUUCGAUAUUAGCCACACUGUCAUAUUGUUAUUAUAUAUUAUUAUUAAGAUAUUCAGAGUCGUGGUAGCAGUGCAGAGCUAAAUAAAAAAAAAAAGAGCUUGCGCGUCGAUCGCAGUAUAUUUUACGAGAUAGCCAACUCCUAUAUAAACUGUGUUAUUUUACGGCAAAUGGUCCGGCCUCUCUGUAGCCUAAACUAAUGGAUUGUUUGUUUUGAAAUAUUUAUUCAGGUUGGUCAGUAUGUUAUGUAGAUGAUACAUUUGUAAAUUUAAAGUUGAUCGGAUGAUUGCAGCCUGAGUAAUAUGAAAAAGUGUUAGCAUAGUCUUUACUCGAAACACUUUUUUUUCAACAAUUCAUCAAUAUAUAUGUUGUACUCGUUGUUAUCACGUGUUUGCGACGAUGACCGUUUGUGGCGAUUAUAAACUAAUUUUGUUUAUUUUAUCGCUGUAUUACUAUAGUAUCGUUUUACAGAAAAAUUCAUUCUUCAUAAACUAUAUUCAUAGCUAUACAUCAUAUAUUUCCACCCGAUUCCUGACUCCCAGCAUGGUUUUUAUUUAGGCAAGUCUACUGUUAUUAGUAGCAUUGCCUUUUCUACUUACAUUCUAAACUCCUCUGAGUAUGGCAGUUAGGUAGACUCUAGCUUUACUGACUUCGAAAAAGCUUUUGAAGCUUUAGAAGAAAUACCUAACUGUGAUUACACUAGGGCUAUUUGAUGAUGCCAUAUUAUUAUAAAUAAUACCUACAUUAUUGUAUUACUAUAUAGUACGUAUACUGUUGUAUUAAUGAUUAAUCAUAAUCAUUUUUAAGUAUUAUUACUUAAAAAUUUAUUUUUGUUUAGGUGUCUAACAAUGAUCAUAUUGAUUUUUCAGGUUUAUCUCUUGGAGGUUUAUUGGGUGGAUAUACGUAUGAAAUAUACGGAGGAUCGUGGACAUAUGAAAUAUUUUCGUAG